CCUUAGUUGAAUCUAGACAGUUUUGAGAUUUCUUUUAAGUACAUCAAGUAUAUAAAACGCCUCUUACUUUAACACUACAAUUAAAUUGCUAGGAUCCACCAUGAAUCUGGAGUACUUUACUGAGGGCCUGGACUGCCUUAUGUAUUGCGGGUUGAAGCUGUCGCCGGAACAGCGCAUUUUGAUCGAGAACUCGCUGAUCGCGUUGCAGAAUGAUAACCGCUUCUCGGGCAUGUAUCUGUGGGGUCGCAUUACGGCCACGAAGAACGAUUACUACAUUGCCUUUGGCUACACAAACGAUUGCCUGAAGGAUCGUAAGUACUUCUACAGUCUGGACCAGUUCCAGUGGCAGCUCUUGCCGUUUGUCCAGAGCCCCAAGAUCUUUCAGGCCACCAUACUGGCAAGGGAGCCAUUUAUAGGAGAUCCCAGCCUGAUGACCUACGUAAAGCUGGAUCCCACUUUUGACAUUGUGGGCAAUCAAGUGGCUGGCAUCAGUCGCCCUGAAGUCGUCAAGCUCAAGGAAGAGGAAAGACUGGCGGCCAUUGUGUUCAUUAUUACCGAGGAGUGUGCCAUUUGUCCCCGCGGAGCCUUCUACAAGAUGACCGAUGGCCGUGUUAUACCCAAUCAGAUGUUCCGCGGUCUCAACGACCUGCAGAUCGACAACCAGUCCUAUUACCAGCUUUAUCGACUGCCCCGCAACGACCUCAAAGUUAAUUUGGCCAAGAGGAGUGACUAUAACUAUGCUAUUGACUUCCUGGACACCAUCGACUGUGUAAUACCGCUGUGUCAAUCCUUUGCCUUAAAUAUGCAACGAAACGAGGGUUUGGUGGUGAUCAAGUCGUGUCUUUGGCUGGGCAUGACUUUCUUUCAUAAAAUCAACUCCCACAAACAUGGUUUCCUCUAUUUGGGCGAUGGCAAGAAGAACUUUGACUUGCUUUUCAUGUAUUAAGGUUGCUUUUGAUUAAAGUUCUAUUGUUUCUUCAAGCAUAAAUAA